AUGCGCGCGCGGCGUAAACGGUUCCAAGUAAUUGUCAGCGCGUGUUACGGCUCGCGCGGGGACGUGAUGCCGUGUUUGACGAUCGCCGCCGCGUUGGCGCGGCGGCUCGAAGGCCAAGCAACGGUGGUCGCCAUGGCGAAUCCAGUGUUUGAGAAUGCCGUCGCGGCGAACGUGCGGUUCAUCGGUGUGGGGAGUCGAGAUGAAUACGAGUGCGUGCAACGCGACCACGCUUCUAGGCGAGACGCGCGCGUGGUGGUGCGGUAUUGGUUGGAUCAUUUGGAGACGCACGCGGAGCGUAUUCUUGAGGCGCGCGCAGACGCUGGAAGGACGAUUGUGUUGGCUCACACGCUCGAUUUGGCGGUGCGGUGCGUGGACGAGCGCGCUAACGACGAAUGUUUAACGUGUUACUCCCUGGUGCUCUCGCCCGCGCUGUUGAGAACGCCAAAUCAAACGAUUCCGCCGUUCGCGGGUGAGCGCCUUCGGUGUUUCGGGCGAUCGCGUUGGGCGAUGCGCGCAGCGGAUUGCCUAGUCGAUAUCGCGUUCGCACCGCAGCUCAACGCGUUUCGCGCUUCGCUCGGGUCGACAAAACCAGUCAAAAGAGUGUUUGACGAGUGGUUUUUAUGUAAAGCCGGCGUGUUCGCGAUGUAUCCCGAAUAUUUCGAGCGAGCCGCAGACGCCGGCUCGAGAAAAGUAUUCCAAAUAGACUUUCCCCAAGAAGGCGGCGACGUGAACGUGACUGGCUUGAAUGCGAUUCGCGUCGCUCGAGAGUUCAUCGAUCGCGAUGACGCGCCGACCGUCGUUUUCGUAUCAGCCAGUGGAAAUCCACCCUUUGCGUCGCAAUUUUUCGCCACCGCCGUGAAGGCGAUGCGACGGCUGGCGGGCGCGAAAGCCAUCUUGCUGACGCGUCAUCGCGAUCGGAUCGGCGAGUUACCCGAAAACGCGAUCCACAUCGACUUUCUCCCUUUGCACCUCUGUCGCGACGCUGGCUUGAAAAUCGCUGCGCUCGUUCAUCACGGGACCAUCGGGUGCUCGGCGACGGCGUUGCGAAGCGCAUGGCCGCAAGUCGUCGUUCCAGCGGCGUUCGACCAGCCGUACAACGCCGCGCUCCUCGAAGCGAUGGGUGCGGCGCAAAUUAUCCACAUGACACGUCUCACGCGCACGCGGCUUGUGAAAGCGCUUAAAAUUGUGUUCAAGGAAGAGGCCCGCGCGCCGGAAACCGCGCCGCGACGUCGAGCGAACGACGCGUCGUCACCUCAAGCGCGCGUCGCGGAAAUCAUCGCUAAGGAAUUAUUGCAAUACGGCUAA